ACUGUGACCUAUUAUUUUAGGUGCAUCUGAGGAGGGUGAUGCACAGAGACAGAUUCAUGCGGAAAAGUUCUAUUGUUCCAGCCAUUGGAAAUCGUAUUUGGAGAGACUUGAUUCAUAAUCCUUUACAUUUAAUAUUUUCAGUGGAUGUACUAGGUAUGACAAGUUCAACAUUGGCUUCUAUUAGCAGAGGGUUUGCUGAGCUUUCCACAGAUGGACAAUUUCUACAAUUACGAGCAAAGCAGGUAAGAUCAAGGAGAAUCACUGGGGUUGGGGAUGGCAUCAUUCAAGGAACAGAAGCUCUUGCCCAAGGUGUUGCCUUUGGUGUCUCUGGCGUAGUGAGAAAGCCUGUUGAGAGUGCCCGACAGAAUGGUAUUCUAGGAUUGGCUCAUGGGCUCGGACGUGCCUUUUUAGGUUUCAUUGUGCAACCUGUAAGCGGGGCACUUGAUUUUUUCUCAUUGACUGUUGAUGGAAUUGGUGCAAGUUGUUCCAAAUGCUUUGAGGUUUUCAACAGCAAGACUUCAUUCCACAGAAUUAGAAAUCCUCGGGCUGUACAUUCUGAUGGGAUACUAAGAGAAUAUUGUGAGAGAGAAGCUAUUGGGCAGGUAUGUUAAUUAAUUGCAUCUCCA